CACACACACACACACACACACACUCCUGUAGUAGUUUGAGACAAUAAGCCGGUUCGACUGCUCUGUCGGGGUGGGGAUCUCCGCUGUCAUCCCGGAAGACUCACAACCUCGCCUCAAGUUGAAGCAAACAGGUGGUCGAGCAGCCAUGGAAGCGUUCAAGAAGGGCUUCUCCAUGGCCAGGGAAGGGGUCGCGGCGGCGGCCGAGAAGACCAAGCAGGGAGUGACCGGAGCAGCAGAGAUGACGAAAGACGGGGUCAUGUUCGUCGGUACCAAAACAAAGGAUGGAGUCACAACAGUUGCAGGUAAAACUGUGUCUGGAGUGUCUCAGGUGAGUGGAGCGAUGGUUACCGGGGUUACGGCUGUGGCCCAGAAAACUGUGGAGGGAGCAGGCAACAUUGUCGCUGCCACAGGAUUGGUCAAGAAGGAUCCAGCCAAACAAAGUGAUGAAGCCUUGGCAGAGCAGAAUAUGGCAGAGUCACCAGUUGAUACCGACCCCGCUGAUGCUACAGAGGAGGACAGCGAUGACUAAACUGACCGAGAGCCUCGCAAAACAAAGAUCAACGACCGAAAACAUUCCAUGUCGCUCUGCCAAGUCCCGUCGUGCCUCGUUUUGGUCCUUUAUGGAGUCUGUGCCCAACGUCUGUGUGUGUGUGUGUGUUGUUAUGUACUGUAUGUCUGUACAGUAGUAUAUGUGUAAAGAGAGUGUGUAUGUGUGAAUGUGAGUGUGUGUGUGUGUAUGUGUGUGUGUGUGUGCGCGCCUUUUGCACAUCAGUCCUGAAAGGGACCUCAGGUGUGUGUCGUCUGUGACCAGCUGUCUUUUACAGUGAAUCCCUCCCACUGUGAAGGCCACCUGGUCAGUGUGUGUGUGUGUGUGUGUGUGUAUCUCGUCAAUAACUCAAACAUGGAAAUAUACCACAAAGUACCACUUCAAGCACCUAAGUGUCUCUAUAUGAAUCUACAAUUUACAGUGAUCUGGUUGAAACGAAAGCAUAACGAUAUUCUCUAUUUUUGUCUGUAUCCCGUCUCGAUAAAGUGCUGAGCUAUUUGUGCAUUCAUACUUUUUAAGUUAUUGCUGCUAUGACAGAUAUAUAUAUGUCAUACUGAAUGGACUUUUGAAAACCAAGAGCAUGUGAACUACUGUUCUGAUGGAUCGCUGUGAUAUGAAUUUAUUUGGAUUUAAAUGUUGAAUAAAAUGUGUGACACGUGGAA